UCAUCAGCUUCCAUCCUCACCUCUUCUACAACAUCCACUCAUCGGUUACUCACACACUCACCAGUAAAUCACCUCCCACUCCCGUCUUUUCCUCUAAAAAACCAACCCCCUCCAGACCCACCUUCACCAUGCUCUUCCAAUCCCUCAUCGCCUCCUUCCUCCUGGCCUCCGCCGCCAACGCGGCGGUCGCCAUCGGCUACCAGGACCGCAGCGACGGCAGCAGGCGCAACCUCGCAUGGCUCGUGGGCACCGACGCCUGUGCAGCCGAGUACCUCUCCACCGUCCCCGCCAGCCCUUGCGGACAGGUGUUCGAGACCGGAGGUUACCAGGGACUCACGCUCGAGGGAUGCGGAGGAUCGCUCUACCUCGCUCAGAACGAUAACUUCAACGCCAACUGCAAUGCCGAUACUUCCUACUCCAAGUCUUGCAACUCGGGAGUCGUCCACAAGACCUACCAGUGCUAGAGGGGUUGGAUUGGGUAGAUUAGAGACGGGGUAGUGAGGGAAUAUGGGACGGGAGGCGGGGGGAUGAGGGAGGUCUAGGAGAGUGCGGGAAAGGCGUGUGUGCCAUGGACGAACUGGAGAAAACUGCAGGUUGGAUAGGAUAGUUUUAUUUUACAAUCGAUCUCGCUUCUAUGCUCCA